CAAAGACAAAGCCCGCCACCGCGACUGCGACUACCACCGACGACUACGACUCUAACUUUUGUGAUGCCUUCUAGUAUGUGUAUUAAUCCAAUACAUAAUAAUAAAGGGCUUUUUCAUCAGUCAGACAAUGCAAAUUCAGAGGAAAGGUGGGCUGCUAGCUCCUGUGCCAUGGAUUUGUUGUAUGAUUUGGAGCUCAUUUCCAACACUGUUCCUGUAGUUUUUGACAAUUCUGAAACAUGGCAUCUGGUUCUAUCAACAAGCUUGAAGUUAGGGAGUAGAGGGAUGGCCCAUGUACAAAAAAUUACUUGUGUUGAUCUUAAAGAGAAAAGUCAAUGUUCAAAUAUCUUGCUCAUUAAUCGAACUGCUAGCCCUCUUGCAUGGUUUAUGGAGUGCAAAGAUCGAAAAAACCACACUGCUACAAUGUUGCCAUAUUCAUUUCUUCCUUCAAUGGAUGCCCAGAAACUACGACAUGCAGCAGAAAAGGUUUACCAUGUACAAUCUUUUUAAGUUAUGAUUAUCUACUCAGUUCAGUCUUGUAUGCUCAUUUAAAUGAGUGUGCGACGUUGUCAUGGAGCUUGAGGCGUGACAGUUAGGAAAUGGAGACUGUUGGUUUAUCAGGUGGUAUGGACCUAAUAGCCGUAAUCAGAGCCUCAGGAAGAAUUAGUCAUGCACGGGGUCUCAAUGUUCCUAGUUCGGGUAUUGUUGGUGAGCAAUUCAUUGAGAAGAUUCGUAGGGUAAGAGGGUUGGAGGCUUCCAGAUAUGAUGUUUGCAACCAAGUGUAGUUUAUCUGAUGCAUGCAACACUAUAGCCAAACAACUUGAGAAUGUUUACUCAUCAAUUGCGGCAAGUUUUUCUUCUUACUUCUUUUACUACAUAUGUUUGAUAUUCAUGUUGUUUGUGUUGAUAUUGGUGCACCGCAUUGUGAUGUGAAGUUUGAGCUCAGUUCAUUCUAAGAUCUUUAAGUCCUUCACAAAAGGAUAGUUUUUCCUUCAAACAUGGAAAGCACCUUUGACCCUCUACUUAAGGUAGAGGUUUUAUUGAUGUUAUAAUUACAGAUGCAUUACUAGAUUGAGAUAUGCUAAACAAAGACAUGAAAUAAGUUAGUUUGCUCUUAAUCAAGGUAAGAUUGUUUGUAAAUGCUUCCUUUUUUACCCUGCCAAUCUCUUUUGAAACCUCCUUGGCAGUACACCCUACUCAUACCAUGUCACAUGCAGCCUUUGUGUAGAGGGGAGAUGUGAUCCUACUUGACAGACCAAAGAAAGAGCAUCCGUAUGCAGUACCUCACCUACCUCACCCACCAAGGCCUAGUUAACCUUCAAACCUAAAAUAGUCUCAAAACACAAAAGGACACAACAAUAUGAGACAAUGCUUGUUUUGACAAUAAUACUACUUUCAUUGACAGAGACCGUCAAUUGAUAAUUUUAUUCGAAACAAUGCAACUUUUUUUCCAUGAACAUUGUCUUGAUUAUAAUGAGAUGACAUUACUGAACUGGAUAAGUAUAUGCCAUAAAAGAUCAAAUUAUGACAGCACAUCCUAAUGCCAGCGAUAUUCCUAAGAAGGGUUUUAGCACAUACGUUUACAUUAUUAUAAUUGGAAGUCUAUCUCAAUUAAUAGUACAAGGUACAAGGAUGUACCUUGUAUAAUUGACUCUAUGAGUCUAUGUAAAGCCUUCUCCUUGGAUAAGUCCAAGGCAUUCAUAUCCUUCUUUACUGGUAUAUUAGUUGGUCUACGUUGCUUAAACCAUCUUAGAUGACUUCCAGAUACAAUUUGAUGACAUUUAUGAAAAUCCAAUUAUCUUGCUUUAUUUUGGAAAUAUUAUUGAAAAACAUGUGAAUAAAGAUUUUUUUGUUUU